GCGCAGCUGGGCGGUGAUGGGAUGACGCUGGGAGCGUGAGCCAGCUCCUGCACGGAUCCGGUUCCGCCCUCCUUCUCGCUUGUGUACCCGGUGGGGCUAGCGCCUGAGAGCCCUUUCCCAGCGUGCUCUGCGCCGUGAAGAAGCGGCUCCCGGAGACUGGGGGCAUUUUGUGUUGGCUGGAGCCGGUGGAACAAGAUGGCGGCGUCGGCGGAGUGACAGGGGUUCCUCCGGGCGGGAGCCGGCGGCAGUGGCAGCGGUAGCGCCGCCCUAACCUACCGCGCCCCUUUUCCAGCCCGGGACACGUAGCCGCGAAAGCGAAGCAGCAGCAGCCGCCCAGAAGCAAGUGGCCCAGCCUCCUGACCGCAAGAACCCCUUUACAAACUGCGGCCUGGCAAAAAGAAACCUGACUGAGGGGUGGUGAUCAGCCUUCUUUAGGCCGGUUCUGUGCCCUGUAACGCUGAGAAAGGGCCUCUGUUUUCCGUUUCUUGCCGUCCUUCUCCGCACCCUCGCUCUGUGGACCAGCCCCAGAGGUCUCCGUCUUGCCCUCCUAGGUGUCGGGGCUUAGCCCCAGCCCUCCAUCUUCGUUUCUCAGGAUGGCGAGCAGCAGUGGCUCCAAAGCCGAAUUCAUUGUCGGAGGGAAAUAUAAACUGGUACGGAAGAUCGGGUCUGGUUCCUUCGGGGACAUUUAUUUGGCGAUCAACAUCACCAACGGCGAGGAAGUGGCAGUGAAGCUAGAAUCUCAGAAGGCCAGGCAUCCCCAGUUGCUGUACGAGAGCAAACUCUAUAAGAUCCUUCAAGGUGGGGUUGGCAUCCCUCACAUACGGUGGUAUGGUCAAGAAAAAGACUACAAUGUGCUAGUCAUGGAUCUUCUCGGACCCAGCCUUGAAGACCUCUUCAAUUUCUGUUCAAGAAGGUUCACAAUGAAAACUGUACUUAUGUUAGCUGACCAGAUGAUCAGUAGAAUUGAAUAUGUUCAUACAAAGAAUUUUAUACACAGAGACAUUAAACCAGAUAACUUCCUAAUGGGUAUUGGGCGUCACUGUAAUAAGUGUUUAGAAUCUCCAGUGGGGAAGAGGAAAAGAAGCAUGACUGUUAGUACUUCUCAGGACCCAUCUUUCUCAGGAUUAAACCAGUUAUUCCUUAUUGAUUUUGGUUUGGCCAAAAAGUACAGAGACAACAGAAGAAAGCAACACAUACCAUACAGAGAAGAUAAAAAUCUCACUGGCACUGCCCGGUACGCUAGCAUCAAUGCACAUCUUGGUAUUGAGCAGAGUCGCCGAGAUGACAUGGAAUCAUUAGGAUACGUUUUGAUGUAUUUUAAUAGAACCAGCCUGCCAUGGCAAGGACUGAAGGCUGCAACAAAGAAACAAAAAUAUGAAAAGAUUAGUGAAAAGAAGAUGUCCACUCCCGUUGAAGUUUUAUGUAAAGGAUUUCCUGCAGAAUUUGCCAUGUACUUAAACUGCUGUCGUGGGCUGCGCUUUGAAGAAGCCCCUGAUUACAUGUAUCUGAGGCAGCUAUUCCGCAUUCUUUUCAGGACCCUGAACCACCAAUAUGACUACACGUUUGAUUGGACAAUGUUAAAGCAGAAAGCAGCGCAGCAGGCAGCCUCUUCCAGUGGGCAGGGUCAGCAGGCCCAAACCCCCACAGGCAAGCAAACUGACAAAACCAAGAGUAACAUGAAAGGUUUCUAAGCAUGAAUUGAAGAACAGAAGAAGCAGAGCAGAUGAUCGGAGCAGCAUUUGUUUCUCCCCAAAUCUAGAAAUUUUAGUUCAUAUGUACACUAGCCAGUGGUUGUGGACAACCAUUUACUUGGUGUAAAGAACUUAAUUUCAGUAUAAACUGGCUCUGGGCAGCACUGAUGAUGCUGUAUCCUGAGUUGUAGCCGCUGUAAUUGUGAAUAUUAACUGAGAUAGUGAAACUUGGUGUCCAGUUUUCUAUUGCAUUUUUUCAAGUGGAAAAGUUAACUAAAUGGUUGACACACAGAUUGGUGGAGAAAUUGUGCAUAUGCCAAUUUUUUUUUGUUGAAAUCUUAUAUUUUGAACUAUACUGCUUUGAGAUGUCAUUUCAGAAGAACGGCAUGAACAGUCUUCAGCCACAGUUGUGAUGCUUAUAAACGCUCACAAUUGUGCAUUCUUAGGGUUUUUCCAUCCCUGGGGUUUGCAAGUUGUUCACUUAAAACAUUCUCAAAAUGGUUGGCUUCUUGUUUGCAAGCCAACUGAUAACAGUAGCAACCAAAAAUACCAGUGUUUGAGCACAUGAAAGACUGCCUGCUUACCUGUGCGAGAAUAACAGCAUCUAAAGUGAAGACUUAAGAAAAACUUAGUGACUACCAGAUUAUCUUUAGGACUCUGCAUUAACUCUAUAAUGUUCUUGGUAUUAAAGAAAAAAAAACAUAUUUGUCACAGAAAAUUAGUUACCAUCUUACAACUGAACAUGUAUGUAUGUUGCUUAGAUAAAUGUAAUCACUGUAAACAUCUAUAUGAUCUGGGAUUUUGUUUUUAUUUUGAAAUGGGAGCUUUUUUGUUUACAAGUUCAUUAAAAACUAAAAACUUUCUGUAAGGAAAUGAGAUUUUUUUUUUUUUUUUUAAAACACAAAAAAUGCCUUGCUAACUCACUAUGAAUUCAGAAUCUCCCUGAUUUUUCAAUAGAAUUCU